GAGGCGGAGCGCGGCUGUGGCGGCGGCUGCGGCGACGACGGGGACGACGGCGGGGUGCGGGUCGGGGUCCCGGCUGGCGGCGAGAGGCCAGGGCGGCGGCGGCGCGGGGCCGCGGGGUCCGGUGCGCGGGCGGCAUGAGCGCGGCGGGGCUGCUGGCUCCGGCCCCGGCACCGGCCGGAGCGCCGCCGGCUCCCGAGUACUUCCCUGAGGAGGACGAGGAGCUGGAGAGCGCCGAGGACGACGAGCGCAGCUGCCGGGGCCGCGAGUCGGACGAAGACACGGAGGAUGCCAGCGAAACCGACUUGGCCAAGCAUGACGAGGAAGACUACGUGGAGAUGAAGGAACAGAUGUAUCAGGACAAACUGGCUUCUCUGAAGAGGCAGUUGCAGCAGCUGCAGGAAGGUACACUGCAGGAAUAUCAAAAGAGAAUGAAGAAACUGGAUCAGCAGUACAAGGAAAGGAUCCGGAAUGCAGAACUUUUCCUCCAGCUGGAAACUGAACAAGUAGAGAGAAAUUACAUUAAAGAAAAGAAGGCAGCAGUGAAAGAGUUUGAAGACAAGAAGGUUGAGCUGAAGGAGAACCUGAUUGCUGAGCUGGAAGAAAAGAAGAAAAUGAUUGAAAAUGAAAAGCUGACGAUGGAACUGACCGGAGAUUCUAUGGAGGUGAAGCCCAUCAUGACCAGAAAGCUGCGGCGACGACCGAACGAUCCUGUCCCCAUCCCAGACAAGCGGAGAAAGCCUGCUCCUGCUCAGCUAAACUAUUUGUUAACAGAUGAACAGAUUAUGGAGGAUCUGAGGACAUUAAAUAAGCUUAAGUCACCCAAGAGACCAGCGUCCCCGUCCUCUCCUGAACACUUGCCUGCUACGCCUGCAGAGUCUCCUGCCCAGCGAUUUGAAGCGCGGAUAGAAGAUGGCAAACUGUACUAUGACAAAAGAUGGUACCACAAGAGCCAAGCCAUCUACCUAGAGUCAAAGGACAACCAGAAACUGAGCUGUGUGAUCAGCUCAGUCGGAGCCAAUGAGAUCUGGGUGAGGAAGACGAGUGACAGCACCAAGAUGAGGAUCUACCUGGGCCAGCUGCAGCGCGGGCUCUUUGUGAUCCGCCGGCGCUCGGCAGCCUGACUGUACAGUGUUUCUCUCCCCUUGACUUUCUUCAGUGGUUUUUAUUUUUGUUUUGUUUUCUUCUUAAUAGAAACUUUUUUACCUUGCUGGGAA